UUGGUAUUAUGUCUUUCCGGUGUGAACCUCUUCCUUGAUAAACCCUACAGUGAUAUCAGAGUCGAUGGUUUGUCUUGGUGACCGGCUCAGAUGAGAAUAUAAUGAUCCCUAUCCCUAUCCCUAUUCAGAUAGACCUAACAUGUAUAAGGUAGUUUAUAAUUGGAGUGUGAGUGCAUAGACCAGAGAAUUCUCUUAUUUAUUAGCAUAUAUAGUGAUUCACUCAUUAGCCAUUCAUUGCCAUAGUCUCUAAAAGCAAUGGCUUCAACUUCAGCAUCUUGUUCCUUUACCAUUAGUGUGUUAUUCCUCAUUUUUGUGCACCUGUCAUGUUUGGCAAACAGCCUUAAUGCAAAGCACAGUCACAACCAUCGCAAGCCUCAACACACUGAGAAUCCUCCCUUGAAUCCAAGACUUCACAUGGCCUUUCUUGGCCUCCAAGCAUGGAAGCAAGUGAUCUACUCAGACCCAAAUAACUUCACUGCCAAUUGGGUAGGUCCUUCAGUUUGCAACUACACAGGUGUGUACUGUGCUCCCUCAGUUGAUGAUCCUGAAGUGAGAGUUGUGGCUGGCAUUGACCUUAACUUUGGAGACAUAGCAGGGUUCCUACCCGAUGAAAUAGGCCUUCUGUCAGACCUUGCACUCCUUCACCUUAGUAAUAAUCGCUUCUGUGGCAUUCUGCCAAUGUCCUUAACCAACCUCACUCUACUCUAUGAGUUUGAUAUUAGCAGCAACAGGUUUGUUGGUCCCUUUCCUUUGGUUUUGCUUUCCCUUCCUAUGCUCACCUACCUUGACCUCCGCUACAAUGAAUUUGAAGGGCCAUUGCCUCCUCAACUAUUCAACAAAACCUUUGAUGCCAUUUUCCUCAACAACAACCGCUUCAGCAGUUCUAUACCUCCAAACUUGGGCAAAAACUCAGCUUCUGUCUUGGUCUUUGCCAACAACAAAUUUGGAGGGUGUCUUCCAGAAAGCAUAGUGAACUUUGCUGACACUUUGGAGGAGCUUGUGCUAAUCAACACUAGCUUGUCAGGUUGUUUGCCACAGCAAGUGGGGUUUCUCUACAAACUCAGAGUGUUGGAUGUGAGUUUCAACAGCAUUGUUGGCCCCAUUCCUUAUAGCCUUGCAGGGUUGUCUCACUUGGAGCAACUAAACCUGGGACACAACAUGAUGAGUGGCACUGUCCCUAUGGGGGUUUGUGAGUUGCCAAACUUGGCAAACUUCACUUUCUCUUACAACUUCUUCUGUGAGGAAGAGGGCAUCUGUCAGAACUUGACAUCAAAGAGAAUAGUGUUUGAUGACAGAAGGAACUGUUUGCCAGAGAAGCCACUGCAGAGGAGCCAAAAGGAAUGCAGUGCCAAACUUGAACACCCAGUUGAUUGCUCUGAGCUUUGCUGUGUUGUUGGGAGCAAUGUCUCUGCUGGUUCAGUGGCUGUUCCACCUGCUGCUAUUCCCUCAGCAGUGCCUCUAUCUGCUCCUCUUCUUGCACCAAGCCACCCUUAAGCAAAGUGUUUGUAUUGAUAUGAAUAGGAAAAAUAAAAGUCCAAAUUUGAGUUAGGAAGUGAUCUUGUAGAUACAAAGUUGUGUGCUAAAUGUGUCUGUAUUCUAUUGUGUCAUGCGUCUUAUUCCUUGUAAAGUGUUCCAUUUGACAGGAAGUGAGCGAGUUCAUAGAUAUCUCUCAUUUUGUGGAUAUAUUAGCUUCAAAGGAGACCAAUCUUUCUUCUGGAACAACACUUUUUCUUCAUCCCAUUUUAGAAAAUCGUGGUUCUCUCAUGAGAAAACAGAUUAACAGA